GGCGCGACUGCCAGUCAGUCCCUCCGGACCUGCCAAGAGCCUCGGACUGCCGCGAUCACCGCGCCUCACUCGCCUCAACAGUGAUUCUGAGUCUGCUUUUAGCUUCCCUUCGCCUGCCUUGGCUUUUUUCUGUUCCUGAACAGCUGUUUGGCCCAUAGAUUAGAGAAAGCAGCCUAUUUUUUUUUUCUUCUCCCAAGAGAGCCUCUUUUAAGUGCUCAGAUAUGGGGAGUGGGGAGCCCAAUCCUGCUGGCAAGAAAAAGAAGUACCUCAAGGCUGCCCUGUACGUGGGUGACUUAGACUCUGAUGUCACAGAGGAUAUGCUCUAUAAGAAGUUCAGGCCUGCGGGCCCUCUGCGCUUCACUCGAAUCUGCAGGGACCCAGUGACCCGCAGCCCCUUGGGUUAUGGCUAUGUUAACUUCCGCUUUGCUGCAGAUGCUGAGUGGGCCUUGAACACCAUGAAUUUUGAUUUAAUUAACGGCAAACCAUUUCGCCUCAUGUGGUCACAGCCAGAUGACCGCUUACGAAAGUCAGGAGUUGGAAAUAUAUUCAUCAAAAACUUGGAUAAAUCCAUAGACAAUAGGGCCCUGUUUUAUUUAUUUUCCGCGUUUGGGAAUAUUCUAUCCUGUAAAGUUGUAUGCGAUGACAAUGGCUCGAAGGGUUAUGCCUAUGUCCACUUCGAUAGCCUUGCUGCUGCCAAUAGGGCCAUCUGGCAUAUGAAUGGAGUUCGGCUCAACAACCGCCAGGUGUAUGUUGGCAGAUUUAAAUUUCCAGAAGAGCGAGCGGCUGAAGUCAGAACCAGAGAUAGAGCAACUUUCACUAACGUUUUCGUGAAAAACUUUGGAGAUGACAUGGAUGAUGAAAAACUGAAGGAACUUUUCAGUGAAUAUGGGCCAACUGAGAGUGUUAAGGUAAUAAGAGAUGCCAGUGGGAAAUCUAAAGGCUUUGGAUUUGUGAGAUACGAGACACAUGAGUCUGCCCAAAAAGCAGUCCUAGAGCUGCAUGGGAAGUCAAUAGAUGGGAAAGUCCUAUAUGUAGGAAGAGCCCAAAAGAAAAUUGAACGCCUGGCUGAGUUAAGGCGGAGAUUUGAACGGCUGAGGUUAAAAGAAAAAAGUCGGCCUCCAGGGGUGCCUAUUUAUAUUAAGAACCUGGAUGAGACCAUCGAUGAUGAAAAACUGAAGGAGGAAUUUUCUUCGUUUGGAUCAAUUAAUCGAGCCAAAGUGAUGAUGGAAGUGGGGCAAGGCAAAGGUUUUGGAGUUGUCUGCUUCUCUUCUUUUGAAGAGGCUACCAAAGCAGUGGAUGAGAUGAAUGGCCGUGUAGUGGGCUCCAAAACACUGCAUGUCACUCUGGGCCAAGCCAGGCGCAGGUGGUGAGGAAUAGAAUGAUCAAUUUGUUUAGCCUUAGCUGGUGCCUACUUAGAUUGGGCUCCUUUGUGAUAGGGGAUUAUUUUCUGCCAAUUCACAGG